AGCAGACGAUAUACUGCUACUUCGUCAGACGCGCGAUCAAGUAUGCGCGUUACUGAGUCGGGGGCGGUUCGAAUUACGUAAGUGGGCGAGCAACUCUCCGCAACUUCUGGCCGACAUUGACGUCGAAAAUCACGGAUUAGCGUGUUCGAAAACAUUGCAAGCCAAUGAGCAACUGAAAGUGCUCGGAAUAAGCUGGAAGCCUGCCCUCGACGUGUUCCAAUUCGACGUUUCGCUCCCUCCGUCCAUUCCAAAGACCAAAAGAUCCAUUUUAUCCUUGGUAGCGAAAAUCUUUGACCCGCUAGGGUGGGUCACGCCCGUGACAGUAAACGCAAAGAUCUUUCUGCAACAACUCUGGCAGGCCAAAGUGGACUGGGACGAAGCCAUCGCGGACGAUCUUCUCGCGCAGUGGAAGACGACUCACGCAUCCCUGGCGACGAUCAAUGGUCUUCACGUAGACCGUUGGGUACGAUACGGUUCCGACACGGCAAACUGCGAACUUCACGGCUUCUGCGACGCCUCCACCACCGCGUUCGCGGCCGCAGUUUAUAUUCGCGUCACCUCCGUGACAGGCGAGACCACUUCCAGGCUGCUCAUCGCCAAGUCAAAGGUCGCUCCGAUCAAAUCCUUAAGUAUUCCUCGGUUGGAAUUAUCUGCUGCCGUUCUAUUGGCUCGGCUGCUAGAAUUCGUGCGAUCCUCGCUACAACUAACUACCGUACCUUGCUUCUGCUGGACGGACGCUCUCGUCGUGCUAGCAUGG